CUAUAUACUUAUAAAGUAUUGACGCCCUCACACUUGUACGAGUCAUUGAAAGAAAUCGUCGAUCGCUUAAACUGAUGUGACAUAUUGUUUGAGAAGCAAACGAUGUCCAAAUUGGUACUUAAGUUUGCUAUGAUUCUUUUAGUUCGGCGUAUAAUUGCCGACGACCGCGCGUCGAUUCUUCUGGGAGUUGAUUCCGACACGACAGGUCAAAAAUCCACGGACGAAAAACGGCAGUCGGACGAAAUCAGCGUCAUCAGCGAAGACUCGCCGCACCGGCUGGUGGUGGUGGGCGGCGACGACGCGAGCGAUGACCACCGUCUCAUCACCGUCGACUCGGACGGCGCCGGGCCGGCCGGCGGGGUGCUGCUGGGACGCUCCCGGCUGGUGUCGGUCGAGCGGGCGGCGCCGGAGCCGGUCGUGUCGCUCCUGGAGCCGCUCAUGCUGCCGCCCGUGCUGGAUGUGUACCCGGAGGUGCCUGACCGCGUGGGUGACACGCCACUCCAGGUGGAGACGGUCGUCGAGGCCGCACCGCCCAACGACGAGCAACAGCUGGAUGUGCCAUGGGUCUGGGACGAUAAAGUCUGCUCGGCGCUGCUGAACCGGCCGGCGCCGGCCACAGGUCCGCUGACAUCAGCAGAGGUCACCUUCUCGCUGCCCUUGGUCAUCCGAGAGGGCAAGAAGCUGAAGCUCAAGACCCGCACCGGCGCUGUGUCCGCGCUGCACAGCGAGGAGGCGGCCGCUACAUUCGAGAAGCUAUUUUGGUGCAUUACUGCAUUGAUUGCCCGCGUGCGAGAACCUGACGAGCGGUCCAAGCUCAUGAAGAAACUUUAUCAGGAUUACCUGCUGUGGAUGGAGGAGGACGUCAUUCCGGUAUUCAACAGAACAGAUCUGAAACGGGCGUACAAGUGGAUCAAGAAAAAGGAUGAGUCCCAAUGGGUGGUUCCUGAAAAAAAAAUAUACGAUUCAGCAACGAAGCACUCACAGAGAGGAACGAGAGACGACCACGCCAGCGACAGUGCUGGAGACAAGACUGCUCUCAUCAUCGCCAUUCUCAUCUUCAUUGUCAUCAUACUUAUUCUCCUGUACUGCUGUCUCGUUAAAAAGAAAAAGCUCUUCAAUUUCUCGUGCUUUUGUGUCUGCGAAAGAUGUAAGAAAAGGCAGGGAGGUAGAUACUGUGAAGAGGAGCGAAAACCACUAAAGGUCCAAAAAG